AAGGAGCUGAUUCUGGAGCAGCUCGCGCCUCGCUAAGUUGCAGCAGAGCUAAAGCAGAGCAAGCGAAGGCAGGAAGUAGAAGGUUCUCGGCGAAGGGGUUUUAUUUUAGAGGGUUUCCCCCCUCGAAAUGAAGAGCAAAACUCACUGUUGUUGCCAAGGAGAUCCGUAAUUCCACCGUGGACUUAUUCCGGGUUGAGUGAAUGGCUUAGCGCGCGAGUUGGGAGCAGUUGAACAUGAGGGAGGUGGCGGUGUUUUUCUCCCUCGCUGUCCAACAACAACAGCAGCAGCAGCAGCAGGAGGACAAGAUGGCAGCUUGUAGCGAGUGUUUAGAGGCUGCUGAGGGUGAAUAUUAGAGCCCGAACAUGUCUCUGUGUUCCUGCUACAGUCGCUGGCUGUGAAGGUAUGGCCUCACAGGUUUUGGUCUACCCACCGCAUGCGCAUCAGCCCCAGACAAGUGCCUUUAGCAGUGUGAGGAAAGUGGAGGCCAGCAGCUGUGUGUACCAUGAGAAGCCUCCUCGCACCUACGUGGUCGGCGUGAACCUAGGCAUCGCGCAUCCAACCAAUAUCACCACCCACCCAUCUUUAAAGACACGAGCGCAGGAGGGAGCGAGAUAUUCUUUACAGACUGUGGCUCCUGGAGAGCCGCGCAGAGGGAUUCUUUCCUCCUACAGGUGUGUAGGAGACGGAGGACAGGGAGGAAAGGAGGAGGAGGCAGAGGAAGAGGAAAAGGAGAGCAGAGGGACGUUUGACGGAUGUGGGUUUGAACGCAAAAAAGGCAAGGAGCAGGGCAGCAGCACGAGGACCAUGCAGAUCGUAGAGGAACAUCCGGCGCUGCCGGCAAUGCUGCAGAGCAACGUGGGCAGCACGGUGCCCUCCAAUCAGAAUGUGGCCGGCACAGGGAGCGGGGCCAACGACGGGGACUACCAGCUGGUGCAGCACGAGGUUCUGUGCUCUAUGAAACACACGUACGAGGUGCUGGAGUUCCUGGGCCGCGGAACGUUUGGCCAGGUUGUGAAGUGCUGGAAGCGUGGCACCAAUGAGAUCGUGGCCGUGAAGAUCCUGAAGAAACAUCCGUCGUACGCGCGCCAGGGUCAGAUCGAGGUGGGCAUCCUGGCGCGUCUGAGCAGCGAGAACGCUGAUGAGCACAACCUGGUGCGCGCCUUCGAGUGCUUCCAGCACCGCAGCCACACGUGCCUGGUGUUUGAGAUGCUCGAGCAGAACCUGUAUGACUUCCUGAAGCAGAACAAGUUCAGCCCGCUGCCGCUGAAGGUGAUCCGCGCCGUGCUGCAGCAGGUGGCCAAGGCGCUCCGCAAGCUCAAGAGCCUCGGCCUGAUUCACGCCGACCUCAAACCUGAGAACAUCAUGCUGGUGGAUCCGCGCAGGCAGCCGUACCGCGUCAAGGUCAUCGACUUUGGCUCGGCCAGCCACGUCUCCAAGGCUGUGUGCUCCACCUACCUGCAGUCGCGCUACUACAGGGCUCCGGAGAUCAUCCUGGGUCUGCCCUUUUGUGAGGCCAUAGACAUGUGGUCACUGGGCUGCGUCAUCGCUGAGCUGUUUCUCGGCUGGCCGCUUUACCCUGGAGCUCUGGAAUAUGACCAGAUUCGCUACAUUUCCCAAACUCAAGGGCUGCCCGGCGAGCACCUGUUAAACGUGGGGACGAAAACGUCCCGCUUCUUCUGCAAGGAGUCUGACUCACCGUACGCAGCCUGGAGGCUGAAGACAACAGAGGAGCACGAGACAGAGACUGGAAUGAAAUCGAAAGAGGCCAGGAAGUACAUCUUCAGCUGUCUGAACGAUAUUGGCCAUGUAAACCUGGUGUUGAAUAUGGAGGGCUGUGAUCAGCUUGCGGAGAAAGCAGACAGGCGAGAGUUUGUGGAUCUGCUCAGGAUGAUGUUGCUGAUCGACGCUGACCAGCGCAUCACACCUUCAGACGCUCUCAACCACCCUUUCGUUACUAUGCAGCACUUACUGGACUUUCCACACAGCAGCCACGUUCAGUCGUGUUUCCACAUCAUGGACGUGUGCCACUCGAGGACCAGCACAUAUGAUGCAGUGAACCGCAACAAAGCCCCGCCCCCUCUCAUGAAACCCGUCACACUACCAACCGGCCCCAACAUUGCAGUCUUCAACAAAAUACCCUCCAUCCACUCACAGGCUCUGGUUCCACCUGCGCCACCUGUGGUACAUCCUGGCAUUCCCCUGCAGACAGGAAGUGCACAGUUUGGCUGCACUGACUCUUUUCAGCAAACGCUCAUCCUUUGCCCACCAGCCAUUCAAGGAAUCGGGUCCAGCCCAAACCAGCCGUCAGGAUAUUCAGUACGGAUGGAUAAUACACUGCCACUGGUGACUCAAGCUCCGGCCAUCCAGCCUUUACCUCUCCGACCGGGAGUCAUAGCACAGCAGCCGUGGUCCAACAGGACUCCGCAGAUCCUGGUACCAGCGUGGCAGCAGGUGCCUCCUCCACCCACUACGCUGCCCUCAGACACUGUCUCCUGCCCUCAGAGGAGAGGGGACUGGGGGAAACUGCGUUCACACACCAGCCAUUAUGGUUCCAUGAUGCCGCAACCACUCGUGCCCAAUCAGAUUGCUGUAUCCGCGCACCAGACCAUGAACAUAGGCAUUGCUCACGUGGUGUGGCCUCAGACUACAGCUAACAAGAGUGGCAAGCCCAGUCAGAACAGGAGUGUGAAUAUGUCUCACUACACAGAAACACAUACUUCAGUGUGCCUCUCACCAAAGACUCAAAGACAGGACGUCCUGCGAAACCCAGAGGCGGGGCUUAGGGACAGGGAGGUGGAGUCACAGCCUAAGAAGGAGCCAAACCACAUAGAGGAAACCGAGGAAGAGAGCUGCUGUAAGACGAAAGAGCAGGGCUCUGAUGCGCAGCUGUCAGCAGCCAAUCAGCAACGAGAGUCUAUCGUUAUUGGCGAAUCGCCGAGCCCGGCGGUCAGUGUCAUUAGCAUUAGUAGCGAUACAGAUGAGGACGAGAGGGACACAGAAGAGCAGAGGUGUUCCUCUAACACAUGUAAGGGCAGUCCAGAUUGUGAGGCAUGUAAGGGGUCUCUGAAUAUGGAGCGUGUGUGUUCACUCAGCAGCCCAGACAGCAGCCUGAGCACGAGCUCCUCAGCCUCGGCUCAGUCCAGUCCCUCCCCCUGCAAGAGACCCAACAGCAUGUCUGAGGAUGAUGGUCAUGAGAGCGGCUGUGACACGGUAGACGGCUCCCCAGCAUCAGACACGCACAGUAGCCCGUUUGCCGAGAGACGCUUCCUGAACACCAAUCAGAAGCAGGAAGUUGAAAUUCGGCGGAGCAACACUCGCACAGAGAUGCAAAUAAAACCGGUUAUCAGGACGGUGGUGGUGCCACCGCUCAGAGUAAUCAACAACAAUAACAACCAGCAGCAGCACGGCAACACAGUGUUCGAGUCAUCGUGCCAGUUGCGAGGACGAUGCGCUCCCGGCCGGUUGAGUCUGCACUCCACUCCGAGUUUGCCCCGCCAGCACAAGAUCACCUCCACAUUCCAGCAGCAACAGCAGCCUCUGGGCUUUGGCCAGGUCCAGCACUACAGCUCCUGUCACAACGAGUGGAACGGCAACUACACCCAGCCUCGCCGUCCGCAGGCCUUCAUCCCUCCCACUGUGCACGGUCACACAUUCCCUCAUGCCAGCCCCACCCACUCGGCCCAGGCUCCUCCCCCAGCCCCUCCCGCCCUGCUCUCCUACCCUCCUUCCGCCCCCGUCGCUCACCUGCUGCCCUCCCCACGGCCCGUGCUGCAACCCGCCUACAGUCUGGUGCCUCAGGGCAUCAGCAUGGGCAUCAACCCGGGCAUCGACCCACACCUGCUGCCCUCGCCCACGCUGCACCCACCGGCCGCCUUCAAAGCCCUGUUCACGCCGCACUCAUACGUAACGUCGCCCGCAUACACAGGCUUCCCACUCAGCCCCACCAAACUGCCCCAGUACCCCUACAUCUGACGCAUAUACACACACACACCAACCCCAGGGCCCCUUACUGCUCUGACACUCUUGUCUCCAAAAAUCGUGGAGUUUAAUGCAUUCGAAACAAAUAUCAUGGAAGAAAAAAACUUGGUAUAUGAAAACUUGAUAUAAAACUCACUUUUCAUGCCUUUUGCACAUUUGAUAUUGAAAAGAAGAAUAACCCCCAUUAAAUCCAUCAUUAAAUCCUUUCCUGUAUACAGGGGCAUGAUGGGAUAUUGUCUCUCUCUAUAGCUAUUUUUCUAUAUUGCCUUCUAAAUGUGACUUGGUGAAGCCAUCCCAGUCUGGUGGUAGGGCCCACACGUGUGUGCGCGUGCGUGCGUGCGUGCAACUCCCUCUUGUUGGUGUUACACGUCUGUAUUUUUGUAACAGACUCAUGCCCCUUCAUUCCCAGUGUUAACUCCUUUACAACAUCCCUUAUUUUAAGGUUACUACACUCUGCAUGGAGGAAACAUAAGACUCAGAACUCACUUUGUGUGUUUUUACGAGUGUAACCUGAUCCCUCCAAAAAGUGCCUUAUAAAAAAAAAAUCAUGUCUGUGCAGGGUGUGACGUGACACACUUGCAUUCACAUGACUGCAACAGGACUGCAGCACUUGAAAUUUCACCUUUUUUCUUUUGAUUCAUACAUUAAGGCUGUCUUUUAUUUUUUUUUUUUUUUGUCUGGAUUGAUUUUCGGUGGUUUUGUUCUGUUAGUGAGUCACCGUGCGGUCUGUACAUCAGUGUCGUGUAAAAAGAUCAUCCCUUAUUGCAAAGUGGAUUAGGAAUGACAUUAAUGACAUGAAUACAUUGUGUACAUUCUCAAUUCUCCCUAAUUUUUUUUUUUUUCUUCAUGAAUUUGCUGUUGUGCUUGUUAUGGAAGUGUUGAGGCUGUAACCCUUAUGCAUUUCUUCCUCCCUCUUCCACUCCUGCUGUACUGAUUAUAUAUAUAUAUAUAUAUUUUACGCAUUACUAUUUGACAAGACCUACCAAGCAAGAGGUAGAGUAGAAAUUCCCUUUUCAGUCACUAUGGAGAAGGCUUCUGGGUUUUUCCGUCACUGUUGAGUCUGCGAGGGAGGUUUUGACGUUAGACCUGCUCGGUUUUUGGUGGACGAGCGGAUCCUUUCCUCUCGGAUGGUUUUAAUUUAAAGCGCCCUGUGUAUGGGGGAUCACUGGUGUGAUGUUUUGUAAUUUUUUGUGUGGAUUUCCUUUGAUCGCUCGGCAUGUUUUCGCUGUAGCAGGCGUUCUCACCGAAUGAACUAUGUACAGUUUUGAUUUCAUUUCCUAUCUGAUAAUCAGUUGCUACUCUUUUACUUAAUACUAACAGUAUUUACACUGUUUAACACAACUGCAAUACAAUCCAUCGUUUCUGGGUGUUUGUUUUUUAUUCACUAUUCUAAUUUUUUAGAAUUAGAUGUGUAUUUUUUUUGGUAUUGGCAUUAACCUGCAGAUAGCUCUUUAAAUCAUUGACGUGGUUUCCUGUUAGCUUGUGCAGAGAUUUCAGUAUUUAACUGUCGAUCUGUCAUUGUUGGAGUAUUUAGUGCUUUCCUGAGGUGUGAGUUGGUCGUGUGCAAUCCCCCCCCCUUCUAUAAGCACGUGGCGAGAUUCGUUUCCGCUCGUCCGCGCCGUACCGUUGAGCUUUUCAGUGCUGGCUGGUUUUAAUUUGAAACAUUCCGUCAGGGAGAAAUGAUUUGUUUUUUUCUAAUGUGCUUUGUGUUUUUAUUAAGAAUUUUUUUCCUUUGCUAUCAUUAUAUUAAAAAUGCUUUUGCUACACCAAAGACAGUAAUUGAUUUCUUAAGCGACGUAGCUACUGUUCUAGCCUAGACCUCAGAUAUUACUCUAGAUGGGGAUGUAUUAAACAAAACAAAAAAAAAAAAAAAGAAGUGUACUCUGUAUAAAGGUUGAGGUUGAUGUUUAGCUUUUUUGGCAAGUUUAAUGAUUUCAUUUAUCCUUGAAUGUACCAUAGAUAAGCUGCUAUUCACUGAUCGCCACUUCGUCAUAGCUGUGAGGGUAACGUGAUUAACUUUGUUCUUAGCUUUCUUUUUUUUUUUUUUGUACGUGUCUCGACGACCUUAAGAUAGACGUGAGGUUUUUCUUUUGGUUUUACUCUACUGAGCGGCAUCGAACCCGUUUUAAUGCCUAUGUAUAUUUUGCUUUUCUGUUUGAAGUGUCAUUGUAACUACUGUACUGCGAUUGAUGGAAGUUUUGGUUUGGCGUGUUUUUGGGGUGUGUUCUCUGUUUAUGAUUUUUCUUAAUCUUUUCGUUUGCAUCCGUGUAUUAUCUGUAGUGUUAAUGGUAAUCUUGGGGCUCAUCGUUGCAUAUGAGAUGCAUAUUGGUGUAUAUCAGAGUACGUAUAGAUAUAUAUUAGUAUCUCGAUAAGGCAUAGCUUGCAGGAUAGAUUUAACUUUUCUUUUUUUUUUCCGUGGAUGUGUUUAUCGAUUGAUUUGAGAUGGAGAAAAAUGUGCCGCUAUGAAAUCAUACAUUAUUCCGGUUUGUCACUUGCACAGAGUUGAGGAAGAAGUGUUGCUUGUUUAUAAUCGAUUGCAGUGCUUAAUGUUUAAUCAGCAUGUAUUUCAAAAGUCUUGAGCAUUUACUUUUGAUUUGAUUUCAGUCAGUCCAUGUUUAUAGAUUAUGCCUGAUGUACUUGUUCGGCUAAUACGACGACUGCGUUGUCAAUAUGAAUGAAUUCCCGGAUGCAUGAUUAGUACCGGCGGCCAUUUUUCUCACGGUGUUGGUGUGGAACUCGUCACACACCCGUAUUCUGCUCUGUAGAAGGAGCAGCGCUAAACUAGUGCCUUCCAGAUGUGCUUCAGACCUUUAUGUCCUGUGCGCGCACACGCACACACACGCACACACACACACAGCAACCCAGAUCUCUCUUAUUCUCGCUUGCGAGGUCAGUUAAAGUGUUUUAUCUUGUGGUGUGUGUGUUCUUGACUCUUUUGGACCUCUUAGUGUUGAAAAAUUAGUUAUGCACUGGCUUCCAGUAGUGUGUGUGGUGUUUUUUCUCCGCUCUAGUUUCGUCUUUGGUAGUGUUCGUGUCACUUGGCAGUCAGACGCCAAACAUGCAAUGCAGUGAUGUCUUCACACGAGAUUUUUAUUUAAAAUUUUUAAAUCCAUACAUUUCAUUUAACUUGUUUGCUUGUGUGUGUGUGUGUGUGUGUGUGUGUGUGUGUGUGUGUGUGUGUGUGUGUGUGUGUGUGUGUGUGUGUGUGUGUGUGUUUCUUUUUUUUUUUUCCCCUUCCUUUGCCUUUUUUUUUUUUUUUUUUUGGGCUAAUAUCCAACAACAGAAAUCCAAUAAUGAAAUGCUAUCAGGGAUCAUUACUGUUCCGCUGACGUGGUCCUUUCUCCCGUAUUGAAGCUUUACAUAAGUACACUGUGAUUGUAAUAAGCUUGGAAUAAGCAUCAUCCCGCAGUUUACCACUUCGUCCUGCCAUUUUUUUUAAGCAGCAAACUCUGUCUUCAACGGGACACAACGUUCAUACCAAUGUGCACGUUAUUUGCUUUAAUGUACUUAAAGAUUUGGUCCAAAAAUAAUGUGGCUGUGGAGCCACGAAAUCAAAAACUCAUUUCACUUUUAUACACGAUGUUAUUAAGCAUGUAGCACUAGGGGCAAGUACACAUAGAAGUACACACUCAUACAGAUAUUGUACAAUUAUGCAUUGCAUCAAUAAUCAGACUUUUUUUUGUUUGUUUCAAAUCUGUGUUUAGACAAAAUCUACCAAAAACCCAAAUGGAGAACUAAAAUUGAGCAAGUAUAAGUGUGGCAGCCUGGGAAAACCUUUCACAUGGUCAUAUUUUGUGCAAAACAUAGUUCUGAAAAUUGCUCUGGAACUAUAAUGAGUUUAAUUUAAAAAAAAAAAAAAAAAAAAGCAAAUCUAAAGAUUUCAUUCCAGUUUCUCUUAAAGAUGUUUCGCCUACCUCUACACUGCUAACCCUAAUCCGCUGAUUAUUAAACAGUGCUACUGCCAAAUUUGAAAGAAUUCUACGUUUACAACAGGAAACGAGUUCUCACUUUAUCAGCAUCAUCCCCGUCACCUUCUCUGUCUCAUCACUGUGAGGUUUAAACACACACUUCAUGGUCAUCUCUGCACUCUCUCUGAUCUCUGUUCAUUUUCACUUUUUUUUUGGACUGAAUUUCAUGUUGUUAAUGUAUUUUUAUUAGGUCAUUUAACAUUUUAAAACCGAGUGUGUAAGCUCUCGGUGGAUUAGCCUUCUCUCUGUUUCUGUAGCUCUAACAACUUGGAUCAAAUCUUGGCAUUCAGUGUGUGAGGAAUUCACACACAGCUAGCAAACUUUCAGCAGACUGACUGUUUUGACCACCGCGUCUGUUAAAUUGCCUCCUUAUGCAACAUGAUCUUUGCAGGAAGACACCAAGGCAAGGUUAGAAAGUAAAAAAUAUAUAUAUAUUUCCAUGUCAUUUGGAUGAAUGUGUGUUUAUCUCAAAGUAGAAAAGUCAAAGUAUUUUCACAAGAGAAAACUUCAAACCAGGUUUUUCAUAAUUUUUGGCAGCAACAUCUGACAGGUUUUCCCGGACCGCCACCCCCACACACACACACACACACACACACACACCGAAAACUUUUACUAAUCACGUUCAAACUGAUAAAGUACUCCCAUCAUACCAAACAAUUGUAUUUGGCUUGUUUUUACUUUACUGCGUGUUCUCUCUCGAUUGGUUGAAGUGUUUGUUUUUUUUUCCUUUUAGAGACGUGUGUACUGAAAUUCAGGGUCUUGGUAUUUGUCACAUGUGCUACUGUAUACCAGUUUCUGUCCUAAUGUUUGGGUUUGAUCGCUUUAGAGCUAUUAACCUUCUUUUUUCCUGCAGAUUAUAUUUUAGUAGAAGUUAAAUCUCACUGCAAGUUAUCAGAGAAUAGAUUUAGACAUCAGAGUAAGUGGACUUGAUUUACUAAAUCUGAACUGUUACUGUUUUAAUACAUGUAGGUUUCUGUGGCUUUCUAAUACGUUUUUGCUUCUGAUUUAUUUUUACGCUACAUUAGUUUGCCAUGUAGCCAUUGCACUGUGCAAUAUUCAGUAUAUGAGGACUGGGAACUUUUUUUUUUUUUUUUUUAAGUGUGUAAUGUCUCUUACAGUUUUCAGUCGUUAUUUCUCUGGUUCUCAGUGAUUUCUAUGUGACCAAGCCUUAUGUACUUUGUCACAAAAAGCGGGUUUUCCUGGUGACUAUUUGGUGAGUGUCAAAUUAAAGAAAUUAUGGUGUAUUGUCAAAAUUCACUUUGAAUUAAAAUAUAUAUUGCUGCAGGCAA